AUGUCAGAUCGUGACAGGAGAGGCCAGUGCUGUGUUCCACUAAUGACAAUAAAUGCAGAAUGCCAACUGCAGCUACACAACUUUCCAAUGGACGCACAUUCCUGCCCACUCAUCUUCUCCAGUUAUGGGUACCCACAAGAUGAGAUGAUUUACAAGUGGAGGGCAAAUUCUGUGGAGGCAGCUGACCAAAAGUCCUGGCUACUCUAUCAGUUUGAUUUUAUGGGCCUGAGGAACACUAUGGACAUAAUAAAGACGACAGCAGGUGACUAUGUGGUGAUGACUGUGUACUUUGACCUGAGCAGAAGGAUGGGAUACUUCACCAUCCAGACUUACAUCUCCUGCAUCCUCACCGUGGUCCUCUCCUGGGUCUCCUUCUGGAUCAAAAAAGAUGCCACACCAGCCAGAACUGCUUUAGGUAUCACCACGGUGCUGACCAUGACUACACUUAGUACAGUAGCCAGGACGUCUCUGCCCAGAGUGUCUUAUGUGACCGCUAUGGACUUUUUUGUCACCGUCUGCUUCCGCUUUGUCUUUGCUGCACUAAUGGAAUACGCCACGUUAAACUACUACUCAUACAGUGCCCGAAGACCCAACUGUAUCCAGACUAAACAAUCCAACUACUCGGUGCUGGAUGUGAGAUCACCACACACAGUCAUCACGUUGAACAACUUGUACUGGCAGGACUUUGAGGAAGCAUGUGUCUACGAGUGUCUGGAAGGCAAAGACUGCCAGAGCUUCUUCUGCUGCUUUGAGGAGUGUAAAGGAGGUGCAUGGAGAAAAGGACGUGUCCACAUAGAUAUACUUGAACUGGACUCGUACUCGCGUGUCUUUUUUCCUACCUCCUUCUUGCUCUUCAAUGUGGUCUACUGGAUAAGUUACCUCUACCUUUAGCACUGCGUGUGCCGAGCAGAUUGUUCUGCCUCUGUGACUUCAGGUACGACAACACAACACGUGACCCGCUCUCUUCAUACGCUGCACACAUGGAGGACAUCAAAGACAAAAUGAAGACAAAGAAGGAAAUGUGUUUGCACUGCUACCCCAAACCUGUCAGUCAGAAAGCAGCGCACUAU